UUCCCUCUCCUCUCUUCUCUCUCUUUUGCUGUGAAUAGCAAGCAUACACACACACAGACAACAGACUAAUACUUACGAUGUAUGUUUACAAGAGAGAUGGGCGCAGAGAGCCUGUCAAGUUCGACAAGAUCACGGCGAGAAUCUCGAGACUCUGCUACGGGUUGGACCCACAGCACGUCGAUGCCGUGAAGAUUACACAGAGAAUCAUCUCUGGUGUCUAUGAAGGUGUGACCACCAUCGAGCUCGAUAACUUGGCUGCUGAGACAUGUGCCUAUAUGACCACUGUCCACCCAGACUAUGCUACACUUGCUGCCAGAAUCGCCAUCUCCAACUUGCACAAACAAACCACGAAGCAAUUCAGCGUUGUGAUUGAAGAGUUGUACAACUAUAUCAACCCAAAGACCAAUUUGCACGCGCCAAUGGUGUCUAAGGAGACUUAUGAUAUUGUCCAAGAGUUCAAGGAUGAGUUGAACUCUGCCAUUGUCUACGACAGAGACUUCAACUACAACUACUUUGGUUUCAAGACAUUGGAGAGAUCCUACUUGCUCAGAGUGAACGGCAAAGUUGCCGAGCGUCCACAGCACUUGGUGAUGCGUGUGGCCAUCGGUAUCCACGGUAGAGAUAUGAAGUCCGUGAUUGAAACUUACAACCUGAUGUCUGAACGUUACUUCACACACGCUUCUCCAACUUUGUUCAAUGCUGGUACUCCAAGCCCACAGAUGUCCUCUUGUUUCCUCGUUGCUAUGAAGGAAGACUCCAUCGAAGGUAUCUACGACACCUUGAAGCAAUGUGCCUUGAUCUCUAAGACCGCUGGUGGUAUCGGUUUGCACAUUCACAACAUCAGAAGUACAGGGUCCUACAUCGCUGGUACCAACGGUACCUCUAAUGGUUUGAUUCCUAUGGUCCGUGUCUUUAAUAACACUGCAAGAUACGUCGACCAAGGUGGUAACAAGAGACCAGGUGCAUUUGCCUUGUACCUGGAGCCAUGGCACGCAGAUAUCUUUGAUUUCAUCGAUAUCAGAAAGAACCACGGUAAGGAAGAGAUCAGAGCUCGUGAUUUGUUCCCAGCCUUGUGGAUUCCAGAUCUGUUCAUGAAGCGUGUUGAACAGAACGGUGAAUGGACUUUAUUCUCUCCAAAUGAGGCUACUGGCUUGGCUGAUGCAUAUGGUGAUGAAUUUGAAGCAUUGUAUACAAAGUACGAACAAGAAGGUAAAGGAAGAAAGACUGUGAAGGCUCAAAAGCUCUGGUAUGCGAUCUUGGAGGCACAGACUGAAACUGGUACACCAUUCAUGCUUUAUAAAGAUGCUUGUAACAAAAAGUCCAAUCAGAAGAACUUGGGUAUCAUCAAGUCUUCGAACUUGUGUUGUGAGAUUGUCGAGUACUCUUCUCCAGACGAGGUUGCUGUUUGUAACUUGGCAUCCAUUGCCCUUCCAGCUUUCAUUGAGAAGUCGGUUGAUGGUUUGACCCAAACUUAUAACUUCCAAAAGUUGCACGAUAUUGCCAAGGUGCUUACAAAGAACUUGAACAGAAUCAUCGACAGAAAUUACUACCCAGUUCCAGAAGCUCGUGCUUCUAACAUGAGAAACAGACCAAUUGCCCUUGGUGUCCAAGGCCUUGCGGAUGCCUUCAUGAUGUUACGUAUGCCUUUUGAGUCUGAUGCUGCUAAAGAGUUGAACAUCCAAAUCUUUGAAACUAUCUACCACGGAGCUGUCGAGGCCUCUGUUGAGUUGGCUCAAGCUGAAGGUGCCUACGAAUCCUUCCCAGGCUCUCCAGCUUCUCAGGGCCAAUUGCAAUUUGACCUCUGGGGUCGUAAGCCAACUGACUUGUGGGAUUGGGACUCAUUGAAGGCUGACAUUUCCAAGUAUGGUAUGAGAAACUCUCUUUUGGUUGCACCAAUGCCAACUGCCUCUACAUCUCAAAUCUUGGGUUACAACGAAUGUUUUGAGCCAUACACUUCUAAUAUCUACUCUCGUCGUGUUCUUGCCGGUGAAUUCCAGAUUGUGAACCCAUACUUGCUGCGUGAUUUGGUUGACUUGGGUAUCUGGGAUGACGCAAUGAAGAACCACAUCAUAUCCGACAACGGUUCCAUCCAAAACUUGCCAAACAUUCCAAAGCAAUUGAAGGACUUGUACAAGACCGUAUGGGAAAUCUCUCAAAAGACCAUCAUUGAUAUGGCUGCCGAUCGUGCUGCUUACAUCGACCAAUCUCAAUCUUUGAACAUUCAUAUCAGAGCCCCAACCAUGGGUAAACUCACGUCGAUGCACUUCUACGGCUGGAAGAAGGGCUUGAAGACCGGUAUGUACUACUUGAGAACACAAGCCGCAUCUGCUGCUAUUCAAUUCACAGUCGAUGCCUCUGUCGCUGCCAACGCUGCUUUGAACAAGGUUGACAUGGCGAAGUUGAAGCGUGCCCAGUACAUUGCACCAAACACAUCUCACAUUCCAAGCUCCCGGGAAUCAAGCGUCAGCGCUGCUGAUAUCGACACCACAACCACAUCUGUUGCCUCUCUCACAAUAGAGAAUGACGAUAAGCCACUGCCGGUUCCAGUUCCUGCUGCUGAGCCAAAAGAAGCUGAGCCUGCUGCUGCUGCUGCUGCUGCUGCCUCCACAACCUCUGAUGAGACUGACGCUGACAUCUUCAGUUCAAAGGUCAUUGCGUGUGCCAUCAACAACCCUGAGGCCUGCGAGAUGUGUUCCGGCUGAUCACAACACGCUGCUUCUGGAGGGUUCUUUCGUUAACGGUUUUGUUCUUAAUAGAUGAAUUUGCUUUAUAU